CCCAAGACGAUAAACCGAAAUGGAUGUGAUCAAAGCCGUUCAGAACUAUGUCAAUAAGAUGAUUGCAGACACGUCGGGGAUGAAGGCUCUUCUCCUCGAUGUGGAUACGACGCAGAUUAUUUCGAUGGUUACGACGCAGUCAACCUUGCUAUCACAAGAAGUCUUUUUAACAGAUCGUCUCGAGAACGCCGAGCGAGAGAAGAUGCGUCAUCUGAAAUGUAUCUGUUUCGUCCGUCCGACACCAGAAUCAAUUCAACAUUUCAUCGACGAAUUACGCGCCCCGAAAUACGGGGAGUACUACCUAUACUUCAGCAACAUCAUCAAGAAAUCUUCCCUUGAACGACUGGCUGAGUCGGAUGAAUAUGAGAUGGUCAAAUCCGUCCAAGAGUUCUUCGCAGACUACCUCGCCAUAAACCCUGACCUACUAUCUCUCAACAUCCACCCUCCUCAAUACACCCUCUUCUCUGACUCCCCCUCCACCUGGUCCCCGCCUUCGCUCGUUCGUUCGACGGAGGGGCUGGUCUCGUUGCUGUUGUCACUGAAGAAGAAACCGGUGGUACGGUAUGAGAAGAACUCGGCAAUGGGGAAGAAACUCGCACAGGAAGUUCAAUAUGUGAUGGGACAAGAAAGUCCGCUGUUUGAGUUUAGGAGAGGGGAGACACAACCUCUCUUACUGAUUCUGGAUCGGAAGAAUGAUCCAGUCACCCCCCUCCUAACACAAUGGACCUACCAAGCCAUGGUUCACGAACUCCUCGGCAUCUCCAACGGGCGCGUAACCCUCCCCCCCUCCGCCGACAACCCCAAAGGCACCGAGGUCGUCCUAUCCACGUCGGGGACGUUGGAUCCAUUCUUCGCCAGCAACAUGUACGAAAACUUUGGCGACUUAGGCGCAAACAUCAAAGAAUACGUCGACACAUACCAAUCGAAAGCAAAAACGAACAAAAGUAUCGAGAGUAUCGCGGACAUGAAGAGAUUCGUGGAGGAGUAUCCCGAGUUUCGGAGGUUGAGUGGGAAUGUGAGUAAACAUGUUUCUCUUGUGUCUGAACUAUCUCGGAGGGUUGAAGGGGAUAAUUUGUUGGAGACGUCGGAGUUGGAGCAGAGUUUGGCGUGUAAUGAUAAUCAUACGGCGGAUUUGAGGUCGGUACAACGGCUUAUACAGCAGCCGAUUCCGGACGCGAGUAAGAUCCGGCUCGUAGCGCUCUACGCACUCCGCUACGAAUCUAACCCCUCCUCCGCGCUGCCCACCCUCCUCUCACUCCUCUCCAACGCCGGUAUACCAUCCCACCAGGUCGCAACUAUUUCAAGGUUGUUGCAGUAUGCGGGCCAGAGAGAGAGACAAGAAGAUCUAUUCGGAGGGACUGGAUUUCUGGGGAGGGCGAGAAGCGGGAUGAAAGGCCUGAAGGGGGUCGAAAACGUUUAUACGCAGCAUACGCCGCGACUAUCGGAAACACUCACCUCCCUCCUCCGCUCUCGUUUACCAACCACAACCCACCCAUACAUCUCCGAUCCCCCAAGCCAGCAGCGAGUCCAAGACGUCCUCGUCUUCUUCGUGGGCGGGGUUACGUACGCCGAGGCAAUGGUCGUGAAUAAGUUUAAUGCAAGUCAGGAAGCUAUGAAGGCUGGGGUUAGGGUCGUGUUGGGUGGGACUACGGUUUGUAAUAGUGGGAGUUUUGUGGAGGAGGUUAGGGUUGGUGGGGAAAGGUGGGCGCGGACAACGGCGGGGGGGAGGUUGGGGGCGACGGGUGGGGCUGAUUUGAGAUGA